AUGGGUGAAACAUAUGCAAAUGAAUUGUGCGAGGCAUGUUCCACACAGUUGCCGCCGGCGUAUCUCAGCCAAACGAUCUGCGCCAAAAUCAUCUUGCCUCAGAAAAAGCCGACAGCAAACAAUCCUUUUUCAGCAGGUGUCGGAUCAGUGAUAAAAAAAAGAAGGAAGCGCGAACGGCAGCACCCAUCGGUCAAGCCGCCUGAGAAAAAAAGAAGAAGACCCUCGAUGCAAAAACUGUCUAAGAACAAGCUGCCGCCAGGGUCCCCGUGUUGCCAGCCGACAAUUUGCAUAAAGACCUUCUUAUCACUGAUUUACAGCGGUUAGGCAUCCGAAUUAUUGAAUACGUGGUCUGGCGUUACACUUGUAAUUGCACAAAAAGCUGGUUUUGAGAAGGUAGUAACAAGCGAGUCACCGCUUGUUCUUCUCGCGAUUGGAAAAGCCAAAAAAGCCGUUCAUUCCUAGUUUCCAAUUUUUUGAACUAUCGACAAAAAUUUUGAACUUCUUCUUGACCAGAUGAACAACAUGAAAAGUGGACAAGUUUUAAGGCAGGCGUACACAUUUCUCGGGAAUUCUCAAAGAACCCGUCGGUAUUCAAUUUUCAUGGCUAAUUUGGCUCGUGGGAGAUCCUCGCGUCCAGGUAAACACCGCCGGAAAGCUUUCAAAGGUCUUUUUUCGGUUGUUCGACAGUUACACGUAAUUGCCUGCAUUGAACGAGCGACUUGAGGAAAGGUGACGCUGGAAUUUGAAGAAGCCUUUUGGGAAAGAAACGUUCAGAAGACCAACCAUGACAGGUUGAGGUGUUCUGAUUGCUUUAUAAAUCUUGAAACCGAAAUCGUCAUAGGUUUAAAAAAAAAGAAGCCUUCUUUGGAUUUGAAUCAUCAAACUCGAAUGAGAUAUGAGCUACGCGGCUAUCUGGAAAGAAUCUUCUGAGAACUGCGCGGAAGUGACGUUAAAAGCAGACCUAACCUUGAAUCGCAAAUUUACGACGCAAAAAGUGUCAGGGCAAAAAAUUACCGAAAUCUCUUGCAGACGAGGCUACCAUAUUUAUCAAAAACGUUCGAAACAAGAGAUAGGUCUGAGAAGAAGGCUGUCAUCGCUUUGAUGGAGUUGAUAUGGUGAAGCAGGAAAUGAGCAUCGACCUUGAUCGGAACUUCUCACCUAAGUACGCUCUUUCUCUGCUUCCAUCCGCACGUCUUCACCACGCCUAGCGCUAUUUUCGCUUUUCUUCUAGCGCAGAAUCGCCGCCUACACACGGUAUAAAAGGCAACUCGACCGAGGCUGACGGCAGGUGGGCAAUCUCAUCAAACCAACAACGGUAAGAUGGCAAUUUGCGCUUUGCUUUAACAUUUUACUCUUUUCAGUCCUAAGCCUUUUCAGUCCUUAUAUUAUCACUUUUUUUUGAGAAUAGCUUCACAACACUUGAGUUCUGUACCCAAUUUUUUUGUGUAGAUGACCAACGAGAAGGAACUCGAGCUCGAGGCUCACUCUCUCCGCCGCGUCGCCUUCUUCGGCGUUGCCGUCUCGACGGUCGCCACGCUUGUGUGCGUCCUGUCGGUGCCCAUGCUGUACAACUACAUGCAGCACAUGCAAUCCGUCAUGCAGAGCGAGGUCGACUUCUGCCGCUCGCGCUCCGGAAACAUCUGGAGAGAGGUCACCCGCACCCAGGUACAGUUUACUUGAAUUUUCUUCUUAUUAUCCCUUUUUAUUCAUCAUUUUUUCUUCAUCAACACUAUUUCAGGUCCUUGCCAAGGUUACCGGUGGAGCCGUCCGAUCUCGCCGUCAAGCUGGUUACACCUCCGAAGCCGUUGAAGGAACCUCUCACAGCGCUGGAGGAUGCUGCGGCUGCGGUGUCUCCGCUCAAGGACCACCUGGAGCUCCAGGACCUGAUGGAGAAGAUGGAGCUGAUGGACAGCCAGGAGCCCCAGGCAAAGACGGACCAGACGGACCAGAAGCCACUCCAGCUCCACAAGUCGAUUGGUGCUUCGAUUGCCCAGAAGGACCAGCUGGACCAGCUGGACCAGCCGGACCAAAGGGACCAAGCGGAAACCCAGGAUCUGACGGACAGCCAGGAGCCCCAGGAAACGCCGGAUCUCAAGGAGCCGCUGGAGCCCCAGGACCAGCUGGAAACGACGGUGCCCCAGGAAACGCCGGAGCUGCCGGAGCCCCAGGAAAGGUCGUCGAAGUUCCCGGCCCAGCCGGAGCUCCAGGAGCCCCAGGACCAGACGGACCAGCUGGACCAGCUGGAUCUCCAGGAGCCCCAGGAAACCCAGGAGCCAAAGGACCACAAGGACCCGCCGGAGACGACGGUGCCGCUGGAGCCCCAGGAAAGCCAGGAGCCGACGGAGACCACGGAGCCGACGGAGAAUCUGGUGCUCCAGGUGUGUACAGUUUUUCUUAGAAAAUUCUUUUUAUCACUCAGUUUUUUUCUCACUAAAUAUGAACUUUUCAGGAGGUUGCGACCACUGCCCACCACCAAGAACUGCCCCAGGAUAUUAAUUUCCUUCACUACGCAUCUCCACUCCUCGCCAUCGCGACUUUCUUCUCACGGAUAUUUCCAAAAAAAUAA